AUGACCUGGGGGGUCUCUGCAGACAUCAUGAGACUCUGGCAUAAAAUGGGGGUGAAACGUGAUUACAAGAACUCAGCAAGAGAGUUCUCACAGCCUCUGUCACCUCAAUUCUCCAACUUCCUACCUACACAUGGUGCCCCUGUUAAGCCAAGCAACUCAGCGGAAGUUUGGGUAACCAACCCCAGUGGGAAACUUAGUCGAAAACCCCAUGGCUUCGCUCAGCUCAAAAUGUUCCGGAGUUUCAAGUUCCCCGAUCGGAUCUCCGGGGGAACCAGGUUGAGAGGAGCUUCACGAAGAGUAAGAUGGUGCAAAGAGAAGCACUGCAUAGGAACAUGGAAUGUAAGAUCCAUGUAUCAAGGAAAACUAGACAUAGUGAAAAGAGAAAUGGAGAAAAUUAACAUCGACAUAUUGGGAAUAAGUGAAAUGAGGUGGACUGGCAUGGGAGAAUUUGCUUUGGAUGGCCAUAUGGUGUAUUAUUCUGGGCACGAUAACAACAGAAGUAAUGGAGUAGCCUUCAUAGUUAGUGAUAAAGUGAGAAAAGCUGUAAUGGGAUGCAAAUAUAAAAAUGAUAGAAUGAUGUCCAUCAGACUUCAAGGUCAGCCCCUCAACAUCACAGUAAUUCAAGUUUAUGCGCCAACAACCGAUGCUGAAAAGGAAAUUAUUGACGAGUUCUAUGGAGAUUUACAAGAAUUACUACUGUCAACACCAAAAAAGAAUAUCGUCUUCAUAGAUGGAGCUUGGAAUGCAAAAAGGUGGAAGAGCGCGGUUCAUUCAGCUACAACAAGACCUGGGGCUGACUGCGGAUCAGAUUAUGAGCUCCUGAUUGCAAAAUUUUGGCUGAAACUUCAGACUGUAGCAAAAAGUAUCCCAACUUGCAGAUACAACCUUAACUCUAUACCCUCCGACUACACUGUAGAGGUGCAAAACAGAUUUAAUGUAUUAGAGCUGGAGGACAAAAGCUCACAAGAGAUGUGGACAGAAGUUGCUAAUACUGUCAAGGAGGCUGCAGAGAAACACAUUCCCAAGAAAAGGAACAGCAAGAAGGCUAGAUGGCUAUCAGUUGAGGCACUGCAAGUUGCAGAAGAACAAAGGAAAGCAAAAAUCAAGGGAGAUAGAUCAGUUAUGUUUAAAUUAAAUAAAGAUUUUCAGAAAUUAGCUAGAAGAGAUAAAAAUAUAUUCUUUAAUAAACAGUGCAAGGAAGUUGAAGAUAGUUACGGAAUGGGGAAGACAAGAGUUCUUUAUAAGAAAAUUAGAGAAAUUAAAGGAAAAUUCCAGGCAAAAAUUGGAAUGAUAAAAGACAGAAAUGGGAAAGAUCUGAGUGAAGCAGAGGAUGUUAAGGAAAGAUGGGCAUAA